AUGCUUAGCGAUGCUAUAUGCACCACUGAGCAGCUACGCAGGCUGCUCGACACCUCGCCAUCCCUUCACAAGCUUGAGUUGGCAUCUUGUGAUGCAGUCGUUGAACCUGACCCGAUGGAAAUUUUGCGUUUUCUUGCCGCCACUGCUGACGGAACAAUGUCCCUUCUUCCAAAUUUACAGCACCUCCAUUACUUUACUGACAGUUAUACAUGGACCGCCGAGCUUUGGGCACUUACUCCUAAAGUGCUAGGAAUUCAGGACAUCCACAGUCCCAACCGGCGCCAGCUUAAAACCUUGAGUUUCGACAUCUCAGGUGACAUAGGCGACAAGGAACUUGGGGACCUUAUUUGCAAAGACAAAAAUGUAGUAAUGCGCCUUGCUGAUGCUGUACGCUCCGGGACGGAGAUCGAACUCCUUCACUACUCAAGCAGGGAUGUGCUGAAACUAUCACUUGCACAUCAUCAGCUUACUUUAAGCUAA